AUGUCUUUUAGCGGGCGGACCCCGGAAUCACUCCUCCCUCGUUCAGACUCAAAGAAUCCGGCCACUACGUGCAAAGGUAUCACCUCAACUGGCAGACCAUGUCGGAGGUCGCUUGGCGCUUCACCGAAGCAUUCGCCCGCACCGUCCCCAAGCCGGGACAACGGAGUACUUGCGGUACUCGAUGAACAGAAUGCAGCUGCGUAUUACUGCUGGCAGCACAAAGACCAGGCCGAGCAAUUGGCCGCGCAGGGUGGGCGAACCCGGUUGCAUCCGUUAAAAGAGAGGUCGAGCAUCGAUAGCCUUGUUGAGCAGGUGGGAUUACUCGACCUGGACGAAAACGUUCCGGAGAAGAGGAAGCGACAACGCCAAACGACCGGCACGAAGCGGAGGGACACCCUGCCGCCGGGCUGGAACCAGAUGCAGAGUCCACUUAUGACAGUGCCAGAAGAGAUUGUUCAUCGCAGAAGACCAAAAGCCCGGCCUCCGCCGCCGCGAUCAAAUGUGAAACUCUCCUGGGCGUGUUGCAUUCAGGCUGACGAUGACAAUUUGCCUCCUGCGCGCGUCAGGAGAGCCGACAGGAACAGGCCUCCUCGACCUCAUACAUCUACAACCCAGUCACCGCUCCCAGUACGGCCCGAGAUGCGUCAGCCGUCCGCUGUCACAGCGACACGGCCCCUGAAGCCGAGUCCAGCACCAUCUCACACAGAGACGCUGCUAUCACUUAUACCUUCCAGUCUGUCACCUCAAACGACCUCGGCAUUACUCGCCGAGCUGUCACGUCCGGUUUCGCCGAUGGACGAAGCCGGCUAUAUCUAUAUCUUCUGGUUGACACCGGAGUCGGAGGCAUCGCGACCUGAUGACGAGACGGCUUCAUCUCUGCUGGAUGACGAUGACGAGUUUCACACCAGACGGAAGACCCAAGCGCUCGCUCGGUACGCCUCUGUCCAUCGUCCAUCAAACCUAGCUCAUCAGAAACGCACAAUCACACUGAAGAUAGGUCGCGCGGCGAAUGUCCAUAGGCGUAUGACUCAGUGGACUAAGCAAUGCGGGCAAAAUAUAACUCUGAUUCGAUACUAUCCUCAUGACAGCAACAAGUCGACCUCAGGAUCAGCCAGUCCGUGUGCGACGAGGAAAGCGCCACAUGUGCACAAAGUCGAACGGCUAAUCCACCUCGAGCUCGCAGGCAAGAGGGUCAUCAAAAACCAAUGCGAACACUGUGGACGGGAGCAUCGCGAGUGGUUCGAGAUCGACGCCACCAAGGAGGCAUUGAAGGGCGUGGACGAGGUUGUGAGACGAUGGAUCGGCUGGGCGGAGAGACAGCAAGCGCAACCUCCGCUCCAGCAGUCCCAGUAUUAUUAG